AUGAGGUUGACCAACUCGACAACCUUGGGCACCACACUGCCCAUCCGCGUAAUCACCUACAAUAUCCGCUAUGCCGCCGACCACCGCGCCCCGAACGAGGAGCCCUGGCCCGUUCGCUGCCCCAAGCUCGCGACCCAGCUCCGGUUCGCAACUUCGGGCCUCGAGUCCAGCUUCCUCUGCUUACAAGAGGGCCGCGACGGCGGCGAGGCCGGCGAGUAUUCGCCCGUCUUCUACCAGCCAGAAGUAUGGGCCUGCGAAGGCUGGAGGACGGUUUGGCUGAGCGAGACGCCCGACGUGCCCUCGCGCGGGUGGGACGCCGUCCUCAACCGCAUCGUCACGGUCGGUCGGUUCAAGCACGUGUUCACGGGAACGCGCGUCGUCGUCAUGAGCACCCACUUUGACCACGUCGGCGUCAAGGCUCGCGAGAGGAGCGCCGAGCUCGUCCUCUCCGUCCUCGUCGUGCUGGGCGGGGACUUGAACAGCCUCCCCGACGACCCGGGCUACAGGACCCUCACCGCGCCCGGCUCCGGUAUGGUGGACGUGCGCGAGAGAGUCGCGGAGGAUGCCCGCUACGGGAACGAGUGUACGUACUCUUCGUUUGGGGAGCCCGGCGAAGGCCCCAAGAGGAUCGACUUUCUCUUCGCUGCAGGUCCGCCGGGCGACGCAGCCGUCGCGGGGUCGAUGUGGCCACCUACGGCGUGCUAG